AUGACACCCUUCACUCUCUCAUUCUCUUUUGCCGCACUUUUCAUAUUAACCACCGUCAACGCCCUUGGCUCCGCCGCCACCACCGCCGUCACAUACGGCACCGCCACCGUCUGCGGCGUUGUCGCCGGCGAGACAAAUCACCACAUCCAAUGCUACCAAAACGGAAAACUCGUCCCCCUCACCCUUCCCAACGUUUCCUUUCAGGCGAUCUCGGGUGGCCGGAGCUUCUUCUGCGGCAUCCGGUCCGGCGGGUACAGCCUCCACUGUUGGGACACGAAUGAACAAAACACAUCGUUUUGUCCGAAAAGGUUGUUUCACAGUGACACGGUGCAGUUAACGGAUGUAACCGUUGGUGAUGCUCAGGUUUGUGCUAGAGAGGUGCAAUCUGGUGUGGUGAGGUGUUGGAGAGGAAAUGGUGGGGUGGUGUUUCCUUCACCUGGGGAAGGGUUAAGGUUUGGUAGCAUCACUUCUGGGUGUGGUUUUUCAUGUGGAGUGUUGAGGGAAAAUGGAAAAGUUUUGUGUUGGGGUGAUGAGGGUGCAAAUGGGAAUGGAAAUGGUGGUGAGAUUCAAAGAAAGUUUGAGAAUUUGGGUAUGUCUAGUUUGGUUGCUGGUGUGUCUCAUGUGUGUGGUUUGACUCUUAAUGGGGUUUUGGUUUGUAAUGGGAACAAUGGUUCUGGUCAACUUGGUGGUGGUGAUUUUGGUUCUGCUAUGGAGUUUUCAGGUUUUGCUUUAGGAGCUGAUUUUACUUGUGGUAUUAGGCGCAAUAAUGGGUUUGUUGUGUGUUGGGGUGGGUUUGAUAGUGAUGUGGUAAAGGGUGUUUCUUUUGAGUCAAUUGUUGCUGGGUUGGAUUUUGUUUGUGGGUUGACUACUAGGAAUUUGUCUGUGCUUUGUUGGGGUCCUGGUUGGGGUGUUAAGCUUCAUUUGCCUAAUGAGGUUCCAUUGGGAAUGGUUCUUCCAGGUCCAUGUGUUGAGGGUGGUUGUGGUUCUUGUGGUACAUAUCCUGAUUCUGAUGUUCUAUGUCAUGGCUCUGGGAGUAUUUGCUAUUCUUGUCAGACUCAGGUUCCACUUGCUGUGCCAUUGUUGCCUCAAUCACCACAAGUUCCAAUUCAAGAAUCUUAUUCUUCAGGUGAAGGGAAAGACUUGAGGGAAUUGUUGGCAUUUUUUAUUGUUGGAUCAGUUGGGGCUUUUGCUGGUUUGUGUACUAUUUUUUAUUUGCUUUGGAUUGGAGGUAGGAGAUUCUUGAGGACUAAAGUUGAUAAUUCUGUGCAACCUACAAGCUCAGAAUCUGAUGCCUAUGUGGAUAUAGUUCCCAUGCCUAAUUUUGGUUCCAAUGGAACAACAUUCAGAUCUUUUUCUAGCAAAAGGCAAAGCUCAGGGAGAUUGAGGAGACAUAGGAGUGCUUCAUCAUCAAAGCAUGUGGAUAGGACUGAGAGUUUCUCAUUGUGUGAACUCGCAAUAGCCACCAGCAACUUCUCAGUGGAGAAUAAGAUAGGUGCUGGAAGCUUUGGGAGUGUUUACAAAGGGAAGUUAGCAGAUGGUCGUGAAGUGGCCAUAAAGAGAGGAGAUACAAGCACCAAGAAGAAGAAAUUUCAGGAGAAAGAAAUUGCAUUUGAUUCUGAAUUGGCAUUGUUGUCCCGGCUCCACCACAAGCAUUUGGUGAGGCUAAUUGGGUUCUGUGAGGAGAAUGAUGAGAGGCUUUUGGUUUAUGAGUACAUGAGCAAUGGAUCACUCUAUGACCAUUUGCAUGACAAGAAUAACAUUGAGAAAAGUAGUAGUAUUUUGAAUUCUUGGAAGAUGAGAAUCAAAAUUGCAUUGGAUGCUGCUAGAGGGAUUGAGUACAUUCACAACUAUGCAGUGCCACCCAUUAUUCACAGGGAUAUAAAGUCCUCAAAUAUACUUUUAGAUUCAAAUUGGAAUGCUAGAGUUUCUGAUUUUGGAUUGUCAUUAAUUUGGCCUGAAACUGAGCAAGAAUUGAUGUCUACCAAAGCAGUUGGCACUGUUGGAUACAUAGAUCCUGAGUACUAUGUGUUGAAUGUGCUAACCACAAAAAGUGAUGUUUAUGGUUUAGGAGUGGUGAUGUUGGAGCUUCUAACAGGAAAAAGAGCAGUGUUCAAAACUGAAGAAGGGUCGAGUCCUAUUGGGGUGGUGGAAUACACAGGGCCAAAGAUAGCAUCAGGAGAGCUUUGGAGUGUGUUGGAUUAUAGAGUUGGACAACCAGAAGUGAAUGAGGUUGAGUCUAUUGAGAUCAUGGCUUACACUGCCAUGCAUUGUGUGAAUUUGGAGGGAAAAGAGAGGCCUGACAUGACUGACAUAGUUGCUAACUUGGAGAGGGCAUUGGCUUUUAUUGAGGGCAGCCCUGGUAGCCUCUCUAUAGCUUCAUUCUCAGCACCUCUUGAAUGA